GCGCGCGCGGCGGCAGCCAAUGGGCGCGGAGGACGCCGGGGGGGACACGGCCAAGGUGACGCUCCCCACAGAGCCGCUGCCGCCGCCGGCCCGAGCGGACCCCGCGCAGAUCCAGCAAAAUGCACGCUCCCGUGGCGCUGCUCAGCUCCCCGGCGCUGUUCCGCUGCUGCUCCAGGGCUCUGGCCAGGCCCGUGUCCGUGGCUGUGCUGGGCAGGCCUGAGGCUCAGAGCGCACAGGUGUCCCCGCCUGUCCCCUGUCCCUCGCGGCAGUUCCGCAGCAGCGCCCUGGCCCGGGACAUCGACACGGCCGCCAAGUUCAUCGGCGCCGGCGCUGCCACCGUGGGCGUGGCGGGCUCGGGCGCCGGCAUCGGCACCGUGUUCGGGAGCCUCAUCAUCGGCUACGCCAGGAACCCCUCCCUGAAGCAGCAGCUCUUCUCCUACGCCAUCCUGGGCUUCGCGCUGUCCGAGGCCAUGGGGCUCUUCUGCCUGAUGGUGGCAUUCCUGAUCCUCUUCGCCAUGUGACGGCUCCGGGCGCCGCCCGCGCUCCCCUCCCGCCAGUAAAGGAAGCGUUUCUCUACGGAAA